CCAGUCACACGCCGCACGUCGAAGCGUUCGCUUCCGACGACGCUCCGCCACGGCGCCAAUUCGUCACGCAUAUCGCUGUUACCAUACGAUUGUUAGUUGUCCCGCCUCUCAGAAUCUGCGACGCUAUUUACGGAGGUCUCUUUGCUACCGGCGUUCAGGACAAACUCAGGUCGAGUGGACACAUGCGACUCCUGCCGCAGAGUUGAGGCCUGAUGGCAGCGGAAAGUGGCUGCGACGACCGGUCAGAGGGUAACACUGCGCCUCGCAUGCCAAUGCGGCUAGUGGAUCCACAGCUUCGAGAUGCGUCUGCGACAGAGCCUACGGAACACGAGGCACAUUCACCAGAUCAAAACGAGCACGGCCUCGUGUGUGGCUUAGCUGGGUGGACUCCCAGUUGGCUCCAACGCUUCGCCAAUGUUAACACGUACACUGUGUUAUGGGGGAUGCUCGGUAUGGCCGAAAUAGCUAUCAACUCCUACCUCGGCGCUAUCAUCAACACUCUCGAGAAAUCCUUCGAGCUGACCACCACUACUUCAGGUGUCAUCCUGGCGGCUUUCGAGGUGUCCAUUUUGGUGUGCACUGUAGUGCUGAACUACCUGGGCAGCCGCGGGCACAAGCCGCGCUGGGUAGCCGCGGGUGCGGCGGUGCUCGGCAUCGCCUGCUUCUCGAGACUUGUCCUCUACCUGGCCCUGGGGCCAGGCCAACGAGCACUCGCCCUCACCAGGGAGCACGGCGAGCUGGAGGACCACCUGUCUGCCAACAGCACUGCUCCAGCGUGGCAGCUGUGCGGAGCCGCAGCGCCUGCCGCCGACUGCCCGCGUGACAGCGCCGCUGACGUCACAGCAGCGGCCGCCGAUACACUCAGCACACCGGCGUUGCUGCUGGUCGCUUCUCAGCUGCUGAUGGGCGCCGGGGCCUCCCUGCCGCUGUCUCUGGGACUCGCCUACAUGGACGACAACGCACCCAGAAACAAAGCUCCGCUGCUCAUAGCGGCGUCGCAGUUCGUGCGCAUGUUCGGACCGACCGUGGGCUACCUGUUGGCGUCUUACUCGCUGAGCAGAUUCGUUGCACCUGGCCUCACACCCCUUAUCGACGAGACAGAUCCGCGCUGGAUUGGCGCCUGGUGGAUUGGAUGGGCGCCGCUGUCAGCGUUGGCUCUGCUGCUGGCUGUGCCGCUGAUGCUGUUCCCCCGCGAGAUGCCGGCCACGCGGCAACGCUCGUCCAAGUCGCCACGUCGAGUCCUGGAGAGGUCACUAGCCGACUUCUGGAAGAGUACACGGCGCCUGCUAGGUAACCGCCUUAUGAUGUGCAACACCUUCAGCAGUGUACUGUUCAUGUUCGGCAUGUCAGGCAGCUGGGCGUACAUGCCCAAGUACAUGGAGACGCAUUUCCAGCAAUCUGCAUCCACCUCGAGCCUCGUAUUAGGGUCCUUCGGCCUGGUGUCGACCGCGCUGGGCCUGGCCGCAUCGGGCGUCGUCAUCUGGCGGUUCCAGCCCCGGCCUCGCUCUCUGGCAGCCUGGAAUGUUGUUGUUGAACUCAUCGACGCAUUUGUGCGGGUCGGCUGGGCCUUCAUAGCAUGCGCAGAUGACUACAUGUCCGGCGCCCGGUCGUCAGAUGGACGGUGGAACAUGACGUCAGACUGCAACAACGCGUGCUCCUGUGGACCACACGUGACGUUCUCUCCCGUGUGUGACGAGGGCAGCGGCGACACUUACUUCUCCCCGUGUCAUGCCGGCUGCAGCGACGGCUACGUCAUCAAUGGUACAACGGUGUUCGGCAACUGCAGCUGCUUGCCGGGGUCUGGGACAGCGACGGCAGGUCCCUGCCCGACGGACUGUGCCUCCGUCUUCAUUGCCUUCCUCGUCACUCAGAGCGUCCUCCAGUGUCUGGAGGCGAGCGGACGCGCGGGCAACGCACUGCUGCACUUCAGGUGUGUUGACGAGAUUGACAAAGCCCAGGCAGUAGCUUUUGCUGAGGUGAUGAUGACUGGUUUCGCAUACAUUCCAGCACCAAUAAUCUAUGGAAUGAUCAUUGACUCUAGCUGCUUGGUGUGGAGUGAGACGUGCGGAUCACGCGGCAACUGCUGGCUCUACGACGUGGCCCACAUGCGUCACGCCCCAAAUAUCUUGGCGGCAGGUUUCCUGUUUUCGGGCACGUUUCUGGACAUUGGCGUGUGGUACUACGCCAAGGACGUACGGUUGUACGACGAGGAUGAGAAUGUCGGCGGUGGAGAAGACCGCGACUUGAAACUUUCUACUCUUGCCGCUGCACUGUCGUGAACACAGCCUCUCCAGACAGAUGAUAUUACUUCCUGAAGGACGCCUGCCGCACUGUCACUGUCAACGAGAGCGUGCUUUUACAAAGUCUAGGGUUUCUUGGAAAGUGGGUUCCCAAAUCCCUUCCAGACUUUGAGGAAAGGUAAUGAUGUCUUGUGAGCUGAUGGAUAUCACGAAUCGAUCCUUUAACGAAAAAUUUUACGUUGUGACUCCCUCAAAAGACUGAUGUUCUUCUGCCCUUGUAGUACCCGUCAUCUGGAAGCGGGCUUCCCAGCUUGCUUUCUAGACAAGCAGACGUGGAUUCAAGGGAAGAGUCACGCAUGUCAAGGUCCACUUCAAACAACAAUUCAGUAAAUCAAUUUAAAUUUUUGCACACAUCAGCUUCCAAAAUUUUUCAAACUUAUUUCAUUAAUGUAGCAUACCAGCUAAGAGUGUCAACGGUGGCAAGAAAUCUACUUCAUAGUUGCUUCCCUGAGAGACAGGCUGGUGGACUGACCAGUUGCAGAAAGCAUUCCAGCUAGUAAUGGUGCCCAUUCACAGACUGACUACGUCUCUGUGACAAACAGCAAAUCUGUCAUCCUGUAAUAGCACCGUUUAAAUUUUGAUUCUUAAAUUCUGAAAUAACCUAUUCACCUAACCUUUGACGUAUGCGGCCGUUACCCAAUGGUUAAGACGAUCAAUUCUGGCAACGGAGAUGUUACAACCAGCUUUUGCUAUUUGAUAGUAUUACUCUCGGCAAAAUAUUAGCUUUGAUAUAGUCAAAAUCACUGCGAAUUUGCACUGUAUAAAAUAAUAUAUUCUCAUUAAACACAAUGGAAUAUAAGUACCACAUUCGUUUACACAUUUCAUCAUGUCUAAUCUCAGCAUACUUCUAGUAUGUCAAAAUUUUGUCACAUGCUAUUAUACUGAUGGGUACCAUCAGUCCACUCUCCAGUCCGAUGGCUGGUGCAGUUGUCACGAACACAUAGCAUCGGAACUUAGUACUUUUAUAUUUGCUAUUUUGUAAAACCAAGCGUUUUUUGUCAUUAACUGCUAUAAUGAUAACGAUUUGCUGAGGAUCAACCCAUAGUGAUAGGGACAUUUAGCAUUCUCGACACUCAGCAAUCGGUCGUUUUCCUAUUAGUGACGUGUGUAAUUGACUCAUCUCUGGGUAAUGGAUCAAGGAUCCCUUACCUUGUCAUCCUAAAAGACUUUUUGAAAGAAAAUAGAAAAUGUUAUUAAUUAUUACCAAAAAAGAAGAUAAAUAACAUGAAUUUAAUAAGAAAUAAAAUUACAAUGUUUUGUGGGCAAAUUCCCUCUCAUUCCAGUAGUGAACUGUUUCUGCAGAAAUAUUUUAGAAAAAAUUAUAGUACAUCUUA